AAUAUUCUUACCGCUGGGAUUUAUAUCGAAUGGAAUGUAUCUCGUGCUGAUCCGGCUGGGCGCCUGGUCUCCUACCGAGCUGUGUCAAAAAGCGAUGCGCACACUGAACAACAUGAACUUUGAACGCCUUCUCUUUGAUCCCCGUUGUCAAGUUGGAGGAUUCGUAUUCUUCAUAGACAUGUCCCACACAAGUAUGGAGCAAGCUAAACAGUGGACGGAUAUGAAGAACGCAAAAAGUGCAUUCAAGUUGAUGCAAAGGGUAGUGGAAGAAGUCGAAUCGUACAAGUAA